AUGGGAUACAGGAAUGAUGCUGAUGAUUAUGAGCAGGGAAAAGCGUCAGAAUGUGGACUUGCAAGAUUAGUGAGUGUCGGACUUGGAGCAGAUGACGAUCAGUGCACUGGCAGCUUUCAUGCUCUAACGCUGAUUUAUGCUCUAGAACAAAAAAUUAAAAUUCCGGCUGAAAUUCGUGGCACGAUUUCACGGCGGCUUUUCCAAAUAAACUAUGGGGUGCCUACAUUUCUGAUUUUGUCUGUGCAAAUGGGUCUAAACGCUCGCAGCCUCCGCGUCUUCCUCUUGCUUGCAGCUGUACCAAUACUAAUUACAGCGGAUGAACUGUUGGAGGAUGAACUUUGUGAUGUUGAAACCGGUUCGCCGUGCUCUUCAGAAGGACACGAGGAGUGUAGACAGCAAAAUGGUUCCGACAAGAUUGGUAUCUGUGUAUGCAUCGCUGGAUACCACCGCGAGCUACGCGGUGCACCAUGCCUUCCACUAAAUUCUAACUCAUCGAUCUCAAAGAUCUCAAAUUCUUCGGUAGAAACCUCAACCCCUUCGAGUGCCAUAAAAUUUUUCGUUGAUGGUCCGACUACUGUUCAGUUGCCCAUAGAUUCUGUUUCUGCGAAAGUAGUUCUUUCAGACGAAGACUCUCCCAAAGAGCGAAAUUUUUCUUACUUGUGGGAGCUGCUACAAGGUUCAGGGCUCGCUUUUGCUUCUUCCUAUAAACGCUCUGUACUAGAACUGUCACAGUUGAAACCUGGAAAAAUGCAGUUUCGCGUCACUGUAGCUAACAAAACGCACUCUGGUCAACAGACUUACUCACUCAGUGUAAUUUCGCCUAAAGCACCUAACAAACCACCAAAGGCGAUUAUCCGUCCCGAAUCGCCUGUUCAUGGAGUAGAGCGCUCUAGGUUGACUCUAGAUGCAGAAGGAAGCAUCGAUGACGACAAGAUAGUUUCUUACAAAUGGACCCAAGAUAAGGGACCCAGUAUACCACUCCCAGCUAUGAACACACCUAUUCUCACAUUGGAUAACAUGGUUGCUGGCAAUUAUGUUUUCAGCGUACUGGUUACCGAUAGUGGGGGACUUACGUCGACGGCGUCUGCAAAGGUGAUCAUUGAAGCUGAACGAGAUGAUCCUCCGAAGGCUCACAUCAAUGAAUGCGGAAGCAAGGAUCAUGUUGGCUCUUUAACUGUACGACUUCCACGAACAGAAAUAAGCCUGUGCGGAAAUGCAUCACAGGACGAUAAAGGUAUCGUGUCCUAUAACUGGUUUCGUGUGGAUAAACUGUCGGGAAAACUUUCUGUUGACCUUGCUGGAUCAACAACGAGCAUACUAACCUUGAGAAACAUACAAGCUAAUGAACGUUUUGGUCCAUACGAAUUCCAACUGGAUGUAACAGAUACAAAGGGGCAAAAGGACUCAGCACGAAUUAGUAUAUUUGUCAACGAAGCUCAAAAUCUGCCUCCAGUUGCUGAUGCUGGCGGUAAUCAUACAAUCUUUCUUCCCGAAUCUUCCAUCGUUCUUAAUGGCAAUGCUAAGGACGAUGGCAGCAUUGUUAGCUACCAGUGGACACAAGUCUCAGGUCCUGCAAAUGCUCUGUUGGUGAAUGCCGACAAAGCCAAAGCAACGGCAUCGGGGUUGAUAGAGGGUCAUUACGUGUUCAUGCUCGUUGUGGUAGAUGAUGGAGGUCUGAAAGCCAACGCAUCUGCAUUUAUAAGCGUGGAAAGAAGUAAAAAUGAACCCCCAGUUGCGCGAGCCUUCAAUGUUACCGUACUACUGCCGACAGCUAUAGCGAUCUUGAAUGCUUCACAGUCCAGCGAUGAUGCUGGAAUAGUAUCAUAUCUGUGGCAGCCUUUUGAUGAUGUGCCGGCAUCUAUGAUUCCACUUGAUGGUUCGGAACGCAGAAAUGUUAUGUUCGUGACUGGGUUAGUUGAAGGGAAGCAUCUGUACAAUCUCACUGUGUCUGAUCAGCAAAAAGCAAGCGACUCCAUUAUCGUUGAACUUACUGUCUCGAAAGGCGAAGAAGACUUAGAAUCAGUAGAGAUUUUGAUGAACAAGAACGUGAAAGAAUGGACCUAUCGUCUUCGUCGUAAACUUCAGGACAGAAUUGAAGCAAGUCUGGCCGGUUCAAUUGAUGAAGUAGACUCGGUCAUAGUGCACUUCACAAAAUUCGAAGAAUUGCCGCAGGAUGGUAGGCUAAGAGCAGUGUUUUGGGCGAGAAGUCGAUCUAAACAAGAGAGAACAAUGAAACAUCGACGAGCGAUUACUGCAGAGUUUCUCGGCACCGUAGUCAAAGCACGGAAAGCUGUGAACAUACUUCGUCAUGAAGCCAGAAUGCUUUCGGACUUCCACAUCUCUCUUAUCCAGACAUUAUAUUGCAAACUCGAUUGUUCGGGUCAUGGCAAAUGCAGUGAUGCAACGAAACAAUGCGAAUGCGAUAGCUUCUGGAUGGUCAAUGUAUUCGCGUAUCUUGUAUUCGGGUUCAGAACCGAAAAUUGUGCAUGGUCUUCUGUGUAUUUCUGGAUGGUUUCCUCAACAUUAACGGCUAUGAUCGUAAUGUGUGUUCUGUUGAGAAGACGGUCAGCGGUAUGGAAUCGCGUGGGCAGACGACGAUUUAGACGGCGAAAGAGGUAUUCCGCGCUUCGUAGCGAAUCCGAUGAUUUAGAGAAAGAAGCUUAUCGAAUGCGAAACGGUCCAAGGCUAGCUCCUCUACCCAUGCCACAUUCAAGCGAAUCAUUAGAUUCUGAGAGUGAUGAGCUGAUACAAAUCUCUGAAAGUGGUUGCUCGUUACAAAAACGUGAUCGUUCAUCAACAUCGGCUGAGAAGACAAUUAAGUAACAUAUUUACUUUGUUGUAUAUGUUCAGAGUUUAUUUCAUUUGCAUCGGGCUGCGAAAUUCAUUCACUUCUGCUUCUUUCAUUGUGAUAACCUAAUUCGAUUUAGACAGACUUUAACCUUUCUUUAGUCAUGCUUUAGAGAACCCUAUAAUUCAUAAGCUUACUGAUAAGUAUCCGGGUAUUCGUGUGAUAAGUAUUUACUCAUGGAGAUUAUAUAUUUUUAUGUAAUGAAGAUCUGUAUCUUGCCAAUU